AUGGGCUUGAGUUCCGAGGCUCCCAAGCAACCCGGAACUUUCAUUUCUCGGCCCAUCAAUGGGCCUUAUGACAACUUAUUACCAUCCAUACCACAACCCACUCAAGCAAGCCCUGGGAAUUUAAGUGGCUUGGGUCCACUUAAGCUUGUAGCAUGGCUGGGUAUUUCCUCGGGAGAUUUAACAAGUCAAACACCAAACCCUCUUUUGACUUAUUUUGUUAUCGUAGCAACGUGGGUGCUUUCAGCAUGGGUGCUAGCAAAGAAGGGUUCGCAUCAAUCUCCCGGGGGAAUUGUUGUUCUGCCAAGAUUGGCCAUGGCAUCUGCUGAUCUGCCACUCAUUAUGAGGGACCAUCUUUAUUCCCUAGAUGACAGAUUAAAAAGAGGGAGGCCUCCCUGCACUAGUGAAGACAUAUUCAUUGAUAGAGAGCCAAUGCCGGAAACAACUCCCGUGGUUGAUCCUGCAUCUAUAUCGAGGUGCUGCAUAGAGAGAGGCUUAUUUCUGGCAGUCCCUUUAUUCUUCCAAUAUCCAUGUGGCACCAGCAAGGGUUGGUUAGAGUGGGUUGACCAUGAAUUGCAGGAUCCAUCUGCCUGUGACAUUCUAAAUCAGGCAGGGGUGCUAGAUGCCAUCUUUAUUUCUAAAGCUUGCGAAAUCCAUAUUAAACCCAAGAUUCUCCAGCAUGUGGUUAGCCAAGACCCUUUCCACAUUGCGCUGACUCUAGAAGGUAAACUAAAGCUUGAGGUUUUACGGAAAGGUGCCCCGACUUCUCCUAGCACUUCUCCGUGGUUUAGUAAUUUGAUACAGUUUUUCAGGGAUGUUAACAGGAAUGAGCCAUGUCGUCUUGCAGUGUUUAUAUCGUUAUGGCUUGGGAGGUUCCUCUUAUGUGAUUUUCCCCCAGACUGCUUGCAUGAGAGGGUGUUUCCUUUGGCCUUAGCAAUAGCACGUGGCAGCGUGCUUCCUUUAGCCCCCAUGUUCUUGAGGCACCUAUACUGCUUGCUUGACCAAGUUCAACUUCUUGAGAAAGGGGCAGCAAGAACCAUGGUUGUGGAAACUUUCCUGAACUCUAGCUUUCUGCAAGUCUUCUUAUGGAAGCUCUUCAAAGGGAUAGAGGUAUCCCCACUUCCCUACUCAAAGGCUAAGACACUUGUUUAUUCUCAUGAGGCUUCCUACGUACCGGAGGGUCUCCCUUUGAUUUGCAGGUGGUCGCAGCGAAUACAAAGGAAGGACCAAAAUUUUCUAGGGCUACUGGACGAUGUUGCCAACUUCAUCUUUCCACAUGGUCAUCAAUUACGAAGGGAAGCAUUGUUAAGCACUACAUUUCUUCCUUUGCCCACACUAGGUGAUGACCAUUUGGAGGUUUCCGUGCAUUAUUCACCUCACCGAGUCAGACGACAGAUUGGGUUCGAUCAGGGUAUGCCUUCCAGUCCCAGCCAUGGAGAUCCCGCUUCGUUGCAUAGAGUUUUUUGGACCAGGGAUAACCUGCUGGAAGAUGGCAGACCUCUUGCCCUUGCUUUGGCCGACAAGGAGCGUGCUGGCGAUCUCUCGAAAGCUUACCAAAGUUACUGGAAUCGUUGUUUUGCUUCAUUUAGUCGAUUCCAUGUUGCCCAUUGCGACAGAUUACUCCCCACCAUAAUUCCUCAUGCUCGCUUAGUGUUUGGAAGUUGGAGAAACCGGGUUCUCACAGCGCCGGGAAGAGUGUUACACACAGAAAAAGAAAGCGGGAGGAAAGCUGCAGUGUUGAGAAGAAGAGACAAGCUUAGCAUGCAAGUUGGUGAGGUGUCGGAAGCUUUGCCUUCCCACAGUACUCCCCGAAUCAAAAGCAAAGGUAAGGAAACCGUCGUGAUUCCGAAGCGCCAAAGCAUGUGCAUACUUCAAACAAGGUUCUCCGGCACUUGCAAAGGGAAGGGUGAAAACUCAGGAUCCAAGGUAGUGGUGAUAGUUGAUGAUGAUGAUGAUGGAAGUGAUGAAUAUGCUGCUAUAGAAAUCGGGAUUAGCACCUACGAGCAAGAGAGCAUUCACGGCCAAGUGGCAUGGAUGAGGACCUCAAUAAGGACCAAGAUUACAGUCGUGAUGAAGGCACUCACUUGGAGGAGCCGGAUGCCUCAGACAUACCUCCCGAAUUUGCUAGUGACCAUGAGCGGCAUGUUGACAUUGAACCGGUUGUUCCCAUCGUUGAGGACACGGCAAGUUGCUCACCAGAGGCUGGCCUUGGCCUUCCUGCUACUGUUGCUGACACUACGCAGACUGUUGGCAAGGUCUAGAGCCUCUCACAAGGGGCGAAAGAUACGCUUCCUAACCCUUCCUCUUGGGACACCUGAUGCAGUUGUCGACACUGCCAUGCGCCUUCCAGCAACGCAGCCUCCUGCUCCUCCUAUCCUAGGCACAUCCGACAUAGCUGACAGCACCUCUCCACAGGUUCCAACAGUGCUGCCUCCUACUCCUCCUUUCCCAGGCACAUCCGACACAGCUGCCGGCCUCCACAGCUUCCAGCAAUGUCGCCUCGUGGAUUGGGAAAAUUCGUUUACGACAUUCAAAGCCUUCUUUGAAGGCGUGUCACAAUUCUUAGGUCUAUCGACGAACUUCUUCCACUUUGCCAUAGGUUCAAUGGAGUGCUGCCUUCCGAGCUCUCAGCUUGGUGCUUCAUGGGAUAGAUACCAUGGAGCUCCUUGA